AUGGUUGAUCAAACCAAUUUAAACGAUUCCACAGCCUCAUUCGCUCGCCUAGAAGCCUCAUUCGGAAAGGCCAUUGAAGAUGGCAUAUUUCCUGGUGUGGUUGUGGCAGCGACAGAGAAAACUGGGUCGCUGAGAUAUAUCAAGGCAUUUGGAAAAUCAGCCUGCGAUGGAACAGGUGUGCCGUUGUCGUCUGCGUCUGUUAUGGCCUUUGCGUCUAUGACGAAGCUCAUGACUUCCAUCGCAGCACUACAACUAGUUGAACGAGGACUUAUAGGAUUGGAUGAGGACGCUGGACCUCUACUUCUUGAUCUAGCACAAAUAAAGAUACUUACGGGCUGGAACGAGGACGGCACACCGCUUCUUAGAGAGCGCAAAAACCAGAUUACACUCAGACAACUUCUGACCCACAGUGCCGGCACUGGCUAUGACAUGACAAAUUCAGAGCUAGCCAAGCUUUCAGUGUUCCGGGCACGGCAGAUUAAUUCGGGAGAGACGUAUGGUACCGGGAUCGACUGGGCUGGACAGUUAGUGGAAAAGGUAUCUGGUCAGGAUCUAGAAAGUUAUAUGCAGGAUAACAUCUGGUCCCCGCUUGGAAUACAGAGAAUUACCUUCUGGCCAGCAACUAAACCGGAUAUACACAGCCACCAGAUUCAGAUGGCAAAGAGGGAUCCUCACUCACGGCGCGGGGUUACAGAGUGUUUUGGCGGCCAAGGUGCUUAUGGAGACAUGGAGAGUUUCUUAAAGAUCCUCUUCUCUCUACUAGUUAAUGACGGCAAGCUGCUGAGUCGGGAGACCACAGCAGAAAUGUUUAAACCACAGCUGAGCCAUCCGAGCAAGCAUUGUCUAAACGAGUACAUCAAAAGCCAUCCCUGGAAUACACUCAUCGGCAUAUUUGACACUGAACUCGAAUACGAUUGGGGGCUUGGCGGCAUCCUGACUACGCAAAAUACGCCGUCAGGGAGACGAAAGGGAACACUCCUUUGGAGCGGAAAACCAGAUCUUUUCUGGUUUAUCGACCGAGUUUCCCGACUCUGCGGUGACUUUGGGGUGCAGGUCCUCCCUCCCGGGGGUGAGGAGAUAGGCAAGAUGAUACAGAUUUUUGAAAGGACGUUGUAUAGCGCUUUAGCAGCACAUACGCUUUAG